AUGUCGAAAUCGUUUGUAAGGUCAAUCAAAAACGUUGCUAAUGGUUACUCCUCUGUGCAGGUUCUAGUGAGGAACGCUACCCUGAAUGACUCCACUGGUCCCACCACCUACGAUAUGGAAGAGAUAUCGGCGUUGACCUAUCUGUCUCAGACAGACUUCUUGGAGAUCAUGGAUAUGUUGGACCGUCGAUUGAACGAUAAGGGGAAGAAUUGGCGUCAUGUGGCCAAGUCGUUGACUGUGUUGGACUACUUGGUUAGGUUCGGAUCUGAGAAAUGUGUUAUGUGGGCAAGGGAUAACUUGUACAUUGUCAAGACUUUGAGAGAAUUCAUACAUUUCGAUGAGACUGAAAAUGACCAAGGUGCUUUGAUCAGAGUCAAGGCCAAGGAGUUGGUAUCAUUGCUUAGAGAUGACGAGAGGUUGAAGCACGAAAGAGAAUUGGCUGCCAAGAGCCAAGAUCCGUCCAGGGCAGGAAAUAAGAGAGAAAGAAGAAACCGUACCAACACCAAUUCAUCCCGAGGAGGAAGGGAUGAGCCUUACGAUGACGAGCUCCAACAAGCGUUGGAACUUUCCAGGCUCACAGCGGAGGAAGAACAGCGUAGGCUCCAACAAGCCCAAGCCGCUGCCGACCCAGAUUUGGAAGCAGCUUUGAAGCUCAGUAUGGAAGAAGAGGAGAUGAGAAAGCAAAAGAGAUUGCAAAAUGAAAAUUUACUUGACUUGAGUGAUGAGCCUCCUCAACAACAAUAUUACAUGGUUACCGGAUUCCAGCAACAGCAACAACCCCAACAACAGUUCUAUACUGGCAAUCCUUAUCAACAGUACGAUAUGUUCGGUAACCCAAUACAGAACCCUAUUCAAACUGGUUACUACCAGCAACAACAACCGCAAUUCUUCCAACAACAGACACAACCUCAGUUUACGGGCUUUAAUUAUCAACCUCAACAACAACAGCAACCACAAGAAGCAUUACAGCCUUUAAAGACAGGUUCAAACAACCCAUUUGCUCUUCAAUCAGAGCAGCCCCAACAGAGCUCACAGCCAGCGCAGCCCUCACUCAGUGCGCUCGCUGAAGAACAACAACGACCCCAAUUUUUCACUCAGCCACAACAACAACAGGCUUCCCCUAUUAAACAACAAAACACUUCCUCUUCCAAGUUUAACGAUUCUACACAUUCUGAAUUGAACAAUCUUCUUGCACAAGGUACAGGAAUUGAUACCUUCGGUAAUACUGGAGCUAGCAGAAUUCCACAUCAACACACUAGAACGACUCAAUUUAUUAGCUCUGCUGGUACAGGUAUUAAACCAAGUUACGGUGACGUCAGAUUGACAACAAAUGCUACUGGAAAUCCAUUCUUAAAUACUGGAAUUGGCUACCAAGGUACUCAGUCUCAGGCUCAAGCUGGUUCAUCUAAUGCUCACUCUCAAAUCAACCCUGCAUACACUGGAUACGGUUUUGGUAAUGCACCUCAACAACAAGGACAGCAGAGAAAUGGUGAAACUGGCCCUAGUUUGAUAGAUAUUUAG